CAUUACCAAGCAAACCCAGGGAUAUAUAGUAUAUACCACCAUUACACAGAAUCAACCGGAACCAGAAGCUACAUUGACCCUGCACCUUCUUUCUCAACAAUGCCUUCUUCACAGCUCUAUCUUCUCCUCCCCCUGCUUCUUCUACCCCUUCUCUUGAUCAAUCACCCUGUACAAUGUGAUGAUGAGGAAGACAGUCUUCUUAAAGGCAUAAAUGACUACAGGGCAACCUUAAACUUGACGGCCCUAGUAAAGAAUGAGAAUGCAGAGUGCUUUGCAGAGGAAAUGGCUGACCAGUUCAAUGAUCAACAAUGCACAAAUACCACAGGAGCCAACACUGUACCAGGCACGGAGCCUACAUUUGAUACUUACCCCAAGCUUUUGGCUAAAUGCCAUUUGAAUAUCAGCGAUACAAGGGAGGGGAUGAUAAUGCCUGCUUGUGUUCCUAACCUUGUUGCAAGCCAACUCCUCUCUAACUUCACACAGUCACAGUACUCAGAGUAUCUCAAUGACACUAAAUAUACCGGAAUUGGAAUAGGUACCGAAGACAACUGGAUGGUUGUCGUGCUGACCACUAGCACUCCUGGAGGAAGCUUUGCAACUUACAAUGCUGCCAGCUUGGUUUCCAAGACUAGUCUGAUCUACCACUUGCUGUUUCUGCUGAUGAGUUUUUUCUUCUUCUUGUGAACUGAAGGAGGUGUUUGUAUCCUUGGUUUCCCCAGAUUUUCUGAGUCAUGAUGUGUCACAUUUAUGGAGUGGUAGUUCCACCUCCCCUUUAGAGAAUGUUACAAACUUACAAUGAAUUUACUAAAUUACUUGUCUUUUUUUUUUUAGUGAAAUACAUGAAACCAUCUACACAUUCUUUAAUGUUCCA